ACCGCUGACAGGACGCGAGGAGGCAGCAUGGAGAGCGCGCCGCCGGUUUUCGACAAGCCCAAGGUAGAACUGCAUGUCCAUCUGGAUGGAGCCAUUAAACCUGAAACUAUUUUACACUUUGGCAAGAAAAGAAAAAUUUGUCUCCCUGAACAUACUGUUGAAGGCCUCCUAAAGCAUGUUAGCUACAAAGAGCCACUCAGUCUCACAGAGUUCCUGGCGAAGUUUUCUCUCUACAUGCCAACAAUUGCGGGAGACCGUGAUGCUGUGAAAAGAAUAGCUUAUGAGUUUGUGGAAAUGAAAGCAAAGGAGAAAGUCAUCUAUGUCGAGGUCAGGUACAGCCCUCACCUUCUCGCCAACUGCAAAGUGCACCCUGUACCUUGGGACCAGGAACAGGGAGACCUCACUCCGGAUGAAGUGGUUAACCUUGUUAAUCAGGGAUUAAAAGCUGGAGAGGAGGCUUUCAACAUCAAAGCCAGGUCUAUUCUAUGCUGCAUGCGCCACAUGCCAAGCUGGUCACCAGAAGUGGUUGAACUCUGCAAAAAGUAUCGGAAUGAUUCCGUGGUUGCUAUAGAUUUGGCUGGGGAUGAGUCAAUAAAUGCUGAGACCUGCCCAGAACAUCGGAAAGCUUAUGAGGAAGCUGAAAGAUGUGGUAUUCAUCGGACUGUUCACGCUGGCGAAGUUGGCCCACCCCAGGUCAUCAGAGAGGCAAUCGACAUCCUAAAGGCCGAGCGAAUAGGCCAUGGCUACCAUGUCUUGGAAGAUGAAGCUCUCUAUAAGCAGCUAUUGAAACAAAACAUGCAUUUUGAGGUAUGCCCUUUGUCAAGUUAUCUCACUGGAGCAUGUAAACCCAAAUUUCGUGAUCAUCCUGUAGUAAGGUUUAUGAAGGAUGGUACCAAUUAUUCCUUGAAUACAGAUGAUCCUCUCAUUUUUAACUCCACAAUUCACACUGACUACAAAAUAGCGAAAGACUCUAUGGGCUUCACUGAACAAGAAUUCAAGAGAGUGAACAUAAAUGCAGCCAAGUCUAGCUUCUUGCCAGAGAAGGAGAAGAAGGAGCUUCUCGACAAGCUGUAUGAAGCCUACGGGGAGGUAAAAAGCACCAAGUUCUAA